UCAUGCACAGUUCGACGGACCUUCACCUCGUCUGAACGUGUUAUAAUGAAUCCGCUUUGCUCCUAUACGACUUUGACGUGCCAGUUAACAUGAAAGGAAAUUAUAUUUAGGCCGUGAAUAUUAUAGUGUUUGUUUGUGUAUUUACGUUUUGGAUUAAUGUAUUGUGACGUCAACCGGCUGUGAGGUGAAAAAUCUUAGUAUUCGUGCAAAUUGCGAUAUGAUAAAACUUUAUCUAUACCUGAUAGCUAUGAUUUAGAUUGGUGCCUCAUUUCUCAUUGUAGACUCAAGACAUAUAAUAUAGUUUUCAAGUGUUUAGUAUUGUGAUAUUACUCUUGAUUAGUUCAUUAAGGCCUCCCUUCACGGGGACGAAAUGCAAGUAAACGUGGCGGGGCUAAGGAGAAAUAUUAAGAACCUCGCGCACAACUACUCUGAUGCUCAGGUAAAAGUGCGCGAAGCGACAUCGAACGACCCAUGGGGCCCGUCCAGCACUCUGAUGGCGGAGAUCGCCGACCUCACCUACAACGUGAUGGCCUUCACCGAGAUCAUGCAAAUGAUCUGGAAGCGCCUCAACGACCACGGCAAGAACUGGCGACACGUGUACAAGGCCCUGGUCCUUAUGGAGUACCUCAUCAAGACCGGCAGCGAGAAGGUGGCCAUGCAGUGCAAGGAGAACAUCUUCGCCAUACACACCCUCAAGGACUUCCAGUAUAUGGAGGAGGGGAAGGACCAAGGUCUAAACGUGAGAGAGAAGGCGAAACAGCUGGUGCACCUGUUGAAAGACGAGGAGAGGUUGAAGAAUGAGAGAGCGCGCGCUCUCAAAGCAAAGCAGCGCUUCGCUCAAACGGCCAGCGCUUUCGGCAGCGAUGGCGCGCUCGACACGCCCUCGAGUCCCACCUAUCCCGCGCUGAGCGGCAGCGGCGAAUGGGCCGGCAGCGCUCCCGGCAACGGUCGAGAGUCGGAGUUGGCCCGGCCCCUGACGGCGGGAGAGGAGGAGCUGCAGCUGCAGCUGGCCCUGGCCAUGUCCCGCGAGGAGGCCGAGCGGGAGGAGAAGCGGCGCAGGUCGGACGACGUGCGGCUGCAGCUCGCAAUCAGUCAGUCGCAGAACGACUUCCAGUCACCCGGCGCGACAGGUGGCGAGAAAAAGCCCGAAAGCAACGGUCAAUCUCACCUGCUGGACCUGCUCGACGUCUCUCUGGGGCCUCCUCGGCCGGCCGUCGACCCCUGGAGCGCGCCCGGGGAGAGACCUAAACCGCCUGAUACGUUGGACAUCAGUAUAUUCACGGAUUCCAUGGAUACCAGUUCCGAGGCGUGGUCGGGCGUGAACAGUCCGGCCCGUGAUCCUUGGGCUCCGGCCGUCGCCGACGCCGACCCUUGGGCGCCGCUGGCACAGAGCAAGAGUCCAAUAUCCGUGAUUUCCUCCCCGUCUUCGGACUUGGAGCAGUUCGACGCUUUGUCUCAGAGACAGAAGACGCAGAACAAUCACGAGCAGGAUCCCUUCGACCUUUCUGGGCUCGGUGGCAAACUGAGUCCGCCCCUGUCCAGCGGCACGGGCGCCAUCAAGAAGUCCCCGUCGGCCUUCCUGGGUGAGAACUCGUCUCUGGUGAACCUGGAGCGUCUCCUGCAGCCGGCGGCCACCGCGCCUCCCGCCGCGCCGAACCCCUUCGCCCCCCUCGGGCCCCUCGGACCCCAGGCGCCCGAGACCCCGAGGCAGAUGUUCGCGCAACCGCAGCCAGCAAAACUAUCAAUUAACGAAAUCAAGCAGCAGCAAAUGGGUCUCGCUUCCAACCUGAGCUUCACCAGCUCCUCGCCCGCCUUCAGCGCGACUCUGAACAUGGCCGCCCCCAUGCCCCCUCUGGCCAAUCACAUGGGGUCGAUGCCGGCGAUGCCCCCCUUGGGGAGCACUAUGCCCCCGUUGACUAGCAAUAUGCCGCUUAGCGGGGUUCCACUCUCUGGAGCGCCUCUAGGUGCAGGCGCCGACCCGUGGUCCCCGUCCGGGGCUCGCGCUGCGUCGCCGUGGUCUCCGCCCCCCGCCCGCCACACGCCUAACCCUUUCCUUUCCUAGCCACGGUUUGGGGCCGAAGCGACCCGAGACCGGUCGCUAUGCGGAGAGGCGUGAGCGACUAACGGACGGACACGCCAGUGCUACAUGUAUUUUUAUAUUCACCUGAUCUUUCACUUGCCGCGACACCGCUCCCGGAACUCACUCGCCGGGGUUGCCACAUACAUUCUAAAGAUAGAAAGUUUACUUUCGUAAGUGUCAUCCCUUUGGGAACCCUCCCGACGCCGUCGUGACGCUUAGGUCCCUUUAUCGCUUUCGCUAAAUUGUAAAUAAAGCCUAGUGACCGACAAUCGAGAACACCAAUUAAGAUAACUUAACUUAUAAAAUGGUUGUUAACCGCUCCGAUCGGUGCGUCUUUACAAACUCUUUGGGUGACGUCAUUUGUGACGUCCAAAAUAUAGGAUUUAAUGUAAAUGACUAGUUUUAACGAAUAGCAAUAUACAAGUCCAGAAUGAUUCGAGGAAGUCGGCGGCCGCUUUUUUAGGCGUCUUUAUUUACUUUUAUCACUCGCAGUCAUUAUUGGCUCUGCCAAAAAAAGAGCGUCCUCCUCCCUCAGAGGCCGGCGAGCCCAUCCAGAGGUUCGCGGAGAUCUCUUCAGCUCAAAAACAAAAAAAAAACAGUCUCGUAGUAACAAACGCCCCGCAUCCGCCGACGUCCUCACGAACGGGAAGAAGUCAACGUGCCUUAAACACUCGUCUCAACUCGCUUCAUUCCCGACUCUCGUAAUAGCACUGAUUUGGCCCGGAGCUCACUAUGUUCCCCCACCCGGAAUUAUUUCGAUGAAAUGAGCCAAUCUCGGAGUAAAAUCCAUUAAAGCCUUCACUCGUCUCGUCUCUGCUCACAUCAGACUUAUAUAAGUGAGCCGCACUAGGGACGAAAACGUUGCAUUCUUUAAAUAAACUUCCCCAUCAGAGCGAGACCGGUAUUCUAAAACAUUUUCUUUUAUUUGAGUGAAUGUGAAAUUUGAUGGAAGCUAGUUUUUAAUAAAUUAAAUUUCACGCUUACGUUUUAGAAUACGGGUCUAAAUAGUGUUUGAAUUAUUUUUUGUACUUGUAACCUCGCCCGCAAACUAAUUUUGUUCAUUUGGAAAAUCGUCGCUUAAUAUUUAGUUAGAAAUGUCAGUAUUUUAAUUAAGCUUAUUGUUUUUGUGUCUACACGCCUUUAUAUUUUUUUUUACAAUUUCUACUUCGUCGUAAUCUGUGCUAACUUACCUUCGGUAUUUUUGUUUUAUGAAGUCUUAGAUCAAAUUCGAUUUUGGAACGUCAGAUCGACGGCCGCCAUAUUGCUCGGGGCUAAAAUGGCGGGAAUAUGCAAUUGUUUGAGAAUAUAUUGCGUAAAUUCUUUGUAUAUGUUUUUGCUUAUUACAUUUUUAUGAGUAGCGGUUUUAUGGUUAUCGAUUAUUGUUUAUCAGUUAUUUAGUUAAAUUAUUAUUUUAAUAUAUUAUUAAUUAUGACCAAUAAAAUGCAUCGACGCUAAUCCAAUGUCAUUUAGCUAGGGAGAACUGUAAAGAUUACUGUAACUAUUUAAUUAAAAUAUAUAAGUUUUUCAGUAAA